UGGCUUAGAAAUCCAAGCACUCGAGGUCUUAGAGGUUUUACCUCCUACCUCCUGCCUUGUUCACGGACCGCACUCCCCUGCUGCUCAUGUUUGAGCUGCUAUAAUAAAUUAGGUGCCCUACCAGCCACCUAAAGUAUUUUGCAGAAUCCUGGAAGUAGGCAGGGCUAAGGAUCAGAAUCCAAAUGACUUGUCCAAGAGGAAACGGCUCUUAACAGUGAUUACUCAUCCAACUCCAGCACACCAAAGCUUCCUUAGAGGUUGAGGGACCUAAGCAUACUUUCCUCCCAUUGUGGCUGUUUCCAGCAGUUACGAAGCUCAUGAACCUUUGGCCUUCUUCUUCUCUCAUAUUCCACAAGGCCAGGAGCACUGCCCUCCUUAAAGGAGGAAGUAGUCAAUGUAGCAAAAGCCUCUAAUGAAGAGAACAGGGCUGGGGUGAAGUAUAAGGUGCCGGCACAGCUAAAGGCAGAAUUCUGGAAUAAGGCAGGUCUUGGCACUGAUGUGUUUGACCUUAGCCCACAGUGGUUGUCCUGACAGUGGGCUAACCAGGCCCCCUCUGCAUAUUAGGUCUCACCAAGGUGAGAGUUCACAUAUACCAAAGAGGAAACCACCAAGAUAGGAGGGGUGCCCACUCUGGCUGAAUAUUCUUGGAGGAGCCAAUGUUCUUAUUAGUAGGACUCAAGGGUUCACUGCCUACACUGUAACUGAUGAAAAGCACAAAUGUAUGUCCAAAAAUUAUUUCUCUUCCAUAGCUAUCCCAGCUAUACCAGGAAGCUUUUUCUUAAGGAGGGUCAUGAACAAAUCUAUCACUGCCUCCCAAGUAACUAGGAUUACAGGCCUCAGUCACCUAGUCGGCCAAGGCUGAUUUUGGUAGUUUCUUUCUUAUUGCUAUAGUCUAACCUACCUUGCACAUCAUGACAUUCGAUAAGUAUUAAUCCAAUGAGUGCAUCACUUUUAUUACCAACAACAACAAAAAAGACCUACUACAAAAAGUAAUGUCCAAAGAUUCUCAGUACCUAGAAAGGCCCAGGUUACUGGCUUCUGUCACAAUCAGUGAUGUCAUUGUUGGGAAAAUUCUCUUACUCUCUUCUGAUAUAGGCCUUUCAAGGCCUUGAAGCCAGUGGGACUGAGGAACUUUCUGGGAGCAGUAUGGCUCUUGAAAGUAUAUGGGCUCCACAGACAGUAAGCAUAGGGGAUGGACCUGCCAAGAAGGUGGGUGAACAGGCCUCUUUACAGACGCAGCUCCUCCAGACUGCAUCUGUGAAGGAAGGCCCUGCGAAGCGGGCAGUGUGGGUUCGCCGAAGCAGUUCUGAGUCACAGGAAGCUAUGCAAUCAACAUCUAAGGACAAGGGCAAAAUAGAGGUGACCAAAGCAGUGGUAGUGGACCUUGGCACUGGCUACUGUAAAUGUGGCUUUGCUGGCCUACCCAAGCCCACUCACAAGAUCUCAACAACAGUGGGCAAGCCCUACAUGGAGACUGCCAAGACUGGGGAUAAUCGCAAGGAGACGUUUGUGGGGCAGGAACUCCUCAAUCCAGAAGUUCGUCUCAAGCUGAUUAAUCCUCUGAGACAUGGCAUCAUUGUGGACUGGGAUACAGUGCAGGACAUCUGGGAAUAUCUCUUCCAACAAGAAAUGAAGAUCGCCUCAGAAGAGCAUGCAGUCUUGGUUUCAGAUCCUCCCCUGAGUCCCCACACCAACCGAGAGAAGUACGCUGAGAUGCUGUUUGAAACUUUCAACACACCUGCAAUGCAUAUCGCCUACCAGUCCCGCCUGUCCAUGUACUCCUAUGGGAGAACCUCAGGCCUGGUGGUGGAGGUCGGCCACGGAGUCUCCUAUGUAGUCCCAAUCUAUGAGGGCUACCCUUUGCCCAGCAUCACUGGAAGGCUGGAUUAUGCAGGCUAUGACUUGACAGCCUACCUCAAGAACCUGAUGAAUGACACAGGAAAACAAUUUACCGAGGAACAGAUGAAUAUUGUGGAGGACAUCAAGAAGAAAUGCUGCUUUGUGGCCCUAGACCCUAUUGAAGAGAAGAAGGUAGCACGCACUGAUCAUGAAAUUCAGUAUACUCUACCUGAUGGGAAAGAGAUCCACCUGGGCCAAGAGAGGUUCCUUUGCUCAGAAAUGUUCUUUAAGCCAUCUCUGAUCAAGUCUAUGCAACUGGGGCUCCACACCCAGACUGUGUCCUGCCUGAACAAGUGUGACAUCGCCCUCAAACGAGACCUCAUGGGGAACAUCCUGCUCUGCGGGGGUAGCACUAUGCUCAGUGGUUUCCCUAACCGCCUGCAGAAGGAGCUGAGCAGCAUGUGCCCCAAUGACAACCCACAGGUAAAUGUGUUGCCGGAGAGAGACACUGCAGUGUGGACUGGGGGCUCUAUCCUGGCCUCACUUCAGGGUUUCCAACCACUGUGGGUCCACCGCUUCGAAUAUGAGGAACAUGGGCCUUUCUUCCUUUACAGAAGGUGCUUCUGAACUGAAUAGAUAGAGCCACUGUGGCAGUGUGCUUGCCACCCUGGAGAGCACCUAUUCCACACACAGGGAGCUGAUCUGAUACAUACUUUCCUAUAGCAUUAAACACCCCUCAUGUUCCCUCCUCAGUGUGUCUAUUUCCUAACUUAUGCAGCCUCUUUUAAAUUAGCAUUUGCUAAAAGUGGAGAGGUGGUGGUGGGGAGGAUGAACCACACUUAAUUUGGGGAGAGACCUCCCCUAAAAUUACCGUCCUUUAUUGUAUGCAUUCCCCUUUAGGAACUACUUUAUUACAACAGCUUGGAAAGGAAAUGCAGACUAGGCUAAGUGCUGCAGGGAUAAGCUUCCUUUCCACAAACACCAACGGGAAGAAAGUUCAACACACAAAGCUGCAGGUCACACUUCCUACCUCACCAGCCAUUCUGACAGCCUGGACAUUGUUAAUGAAGAGGUCUGACUUCUAACUGUGCCUUUUCCUAACUCCCAGUCACUUAUAUCGCAAUAGCAAUUCUUCUUAAGCCAUCAUGGUGAAUGGAAGACAAAGAGUAUCAUGUCAUAAGCAAGGUACUUACAGAGGUAGCUCCUCCUCAGAGAAUGAGAAUUUAUACAGAUUUCUCCUUUCAUAUCAGGUAAACUUCUUUUUGAAGUGAACAAAGUUCAUUCCUGCUCCAUGAGACAGUAAUUGACAGUUGUCUGCAUGAUGCAAACAAAUUAAUUCUUACUGCUAUAACUCACUACUUUAAGGAAACUGAAAAUCCAUGAAAAUCCACACCAUUAUUAAGACACGUUUACUUCUACAUCCAGUCCUUCAGCCUGAGUUCCUUUCCUAUUAAAAUACACUACAGCAAAUGAAAACAAUGCUCUGAAGUUAUUAUAUUCACUUAUCCUUGCCAAGUCUUUAUAGCCUUUCAGAAGUUGAGCAUCUAAGUACUGCAAAUCUAUUAUGGGCAUGAAUUCAAAAGCAGACUUCUCCCAAGGUACAAUACACAUCUUUUUUCUAUUCCUGUUGUGUGAAAACUUUCAAAUUACACAUAGCGAAUAGCCCUAUACUCUAUACCUAACUUUUUACUAGCCAGGUACAGGGGCUUCCUCCUGAAAUUCUAUCUACUCAGGUGGCAGACAUGGGAGAAUUGUGGUUUGAAGCUAGCCUGGGGAAAAGUAGGCCAGGCAUGGUGGUACAUAUGGUCAUCCCUGCUAAACUAAAGAGGCAUAUGCAGGAAGAACACAGUCUGAAGCUGGCCCCAGGAAAAAAAAUCUAAGACCCCAUUGGAAAAAUAACUAAAAAAAAAGCUGCGGAUAUGACAAGUGGUAAAGCUCUGUGUUCAAACCAAAGUACUACUAUUCCAAACCAAAUCAAUCAACUAACAAAAACAACCAGCAAAAAGAAUUAAAAAAUUAACUAUAGUAAUAGUUAAUUUUAUUUCAGGUAACACUACUCUAUAGUAUAUAUACUGUACACUCUGAGGAUCAAAAGCACCAUUUCCUUAGCAAACAGCAAUUAAGGUUCUGAUAUUAAAAGUCUGGGAGAAAUUUAACUUUACCCAAGGAUCAGCCACAGAAUUCUUGUCAAAAUAAACUGAGCUUUUUCUAGACUUGCCAAAAAGGAGAAAACAUUCUCAAUUUUUCCAAAGAAAAUAACAAAGUUCUUUUGGAAACUGAAUGAAACAGAGGUCAGAAAGAAAACAGGGGUCAGAAAGAAAAGUAAAUUAGAUAGCCUAGACACAGAUGAAAACAUUUUGUUUAAAGCAGAAUUUGUAGAACAAAGCAUUCCAACCAUGCACACCAUAUACCCCUCACUGCUUACCAAGCUCUGAAAUUCUAACCUGUUCUAAGACUGCUGAAUCUCUAGCAAUAAAUAGUCUCUAUAAUAAUGGUUUAACUAUAGGAAGGGAAGCUCAACCCAAGUAAAUGGGAAGAACAUGACCUAGUAACAUGAAACAUCUUUUUAUUCUACUUUAAAGUGAACAAAAUCAGUUAAAUGAUUGUCUUGCUAAAUUUUGUUAGCUGUUUACAAAUGCUCUAUUUUAGCAACUUAAAACUACUCAGAAACAUUAUGUUACACUGGGCCUUAUAUAAUCAAUCCCUGCACUUGGGAGGC